AUGGCACUAUCUCCUUCACUGUUGGGAAAUACUAUCAUCAAAAACGACGCACUUGAGCAAGUUGCUUUGCUAUGCGAUAUAGAUCCGAAUCGCGUAGAAGGCAUUUUCCCAUGCACACCAUGGCAGAGAGGACUAUUGACGUCAUCACUCACACGCGCAGGCGACUAUUUGUCACGAUAUGUGCUGAAACUGCGAAGCGAAGUCGAUAUUUCACGCUUUCAGGCAGCGGUGGAGGCAGUUGUGGCAGCAACGCCAAUAUUGCGGGCACGAAUCGUGAAUCUCCCCGGUCAAGGCUAUGUGCAUGUAGUAUUGGAUGAGUCCGUCUCGUGGACGAAGAAGAAUAAUCUCCAGGAAUAUCUGAACAUCGAUAAGCAGACGGCAAUGGAGAUAGGUUCCUCGUUCAGCAGAUAUGGUUUUGUCGAGCAGAACGAAGAUGGUGCAAAUUUCUUCGUAUGGACGUUGUUUUGCACGGUCUGUGAUAGCUCAUCGAUGGCUCUAUUGCUCCCAGCUAUAGAGGAGACGUAUUUAGAUCAAACCCGGAAUACGCUCACACCAUUCCAAUCGUUUGUGAAGCACGUCGGAAGUGUUGAUGAAGACACUGCCGGAAUGUUCUGGAAAGCCCAAUUCACCGACUCCAAGGCUGUGCCAUUUCCACCACUCCCGUUUCCAGCAUACCAACCUCGGAUAGAUAGUACUGUUGAUCACCAUGUUACGGAAUUGGAAUGGUGCAUGGACAAUGUCACAGUAUCGACAGCAUUACGGACAGCAUGGGCAAUUCUGGCGGCGCAUUACACUGAUUCAGAUGAUGUGAUAUUUGGUGCCGUCGUUACAGGCCGGCAAGUUGCAGUUGCGGGGAUCGAACGUACUGUUGGUCCAACCCAUGCAAUGGUGCCAGUUCGAGUAGUUAUAGAUCGACAAAAAAGCGUGGGGGACUUGCUCCAACAGAUACAGAGACAGAGUGUGGAGAUGGUACCUUUUGAGCAAGUGGGAAUACAGUGGAUUCGACGUAUAAGUGCCAAUGUUAAGCGAGGUUCACAGUUCCAGACGCUCCUAGUGAUUCGGUCAGUGGAAGAAGAUAGCGAACAACGACCAAGCACGCUAUUUACACCUCAAUUCGAUGAAAUGACAAGUACUGACGUUGGCGCACUGAGCACGCACGCCAUGGUGGUGAUCUGUCAACUCAAAACGCAUGGACUGCAACUGCGCAUUGGGUUCGACUCUACAACUAUCGACGUUAGGCAGGUGCAAAGGAUAGCACACCAGCUUGAGCAGGUACUACGGCAGGUGUACACCCCAGCUAAUAGUGUAAAAAGGCUUUCCGAACUAGAAACAACUAGUGUUCAAGACUUGCGGGAUAUCUGGAUGUGGAAUGCAACAGUGCCAGAAACGAUCAACCGUUGCGUACAUGAGAUGAUUGCCGAUACAGUACAACGGCAGCCAGAGGCACCAGCAGUGUGCGCUUGGGAUGGCGAGCUCACAUAUACGGAGCUAGACAAGCUGUCAACAAAGCUGGCAUACCAUCUAGUCGAGCAGGGGGUAACACCGGGUGCUAUUAUACCACUAUGUUUUGAAAAGUCAAUGUGGGUGCCGGUCGCGAUGAUUGCCGUCAUGAAAUCCGGUGGUGUAUCACUUGCCUUGGAUAUAGAGCAGCCAGAAAAGCGACUCCGAACAAUUCUGGAGCAGGUAAAUCCAAAUUUGAUCUUAUCGUCAGUAGCUAACCAUGCCCUGGCUGGUCGGCUUUAUCAUGCAACGGUGGUUGUGAUCAAUGACUCGCAUCUGCAUCUGACACAAUCAAGUCUGGAUUUUGCAGUGCACUUACCUGAGGUGCAACCUACGAGCAAGCUAUAUAUUGUGUUCACAUCUGGCAGCACAGGCACACCUAAAGGAGCUAUAAUUACACAUACCAACUUUAGUAGCGCUCUCUGGCAUCAGAAUAAUGCUCUGGGGUUCAAGCCCACCUCGCGAGUAUAUGACUAUGCGUCGUACGCAUUUGAUGUAGCAUGGUCGAAUAUACUGCAUACGUUAUAUGCCGGAGGAUGCCUUUGCAUUCCAUGCCAGGAUGAUCGACGGAACAAUCUGGUCCAGUCUAUGCAGCAAUUCAAAGCGAACUAUAUUGAUUGGACGCCAACAGUCGCCCGGCUUGUGGAUCCCGCUGAAGUUCCUGAUCUUCGUUAUGUGAGUUUUGGUGGAGAGAGUCUUACGGCAAAAGAUGCACACCAGUGGCGUUCGUCGACUGCAACAAUUAAUGCCUAUGGUCCUGCGGAGUGUUCGGUGAGAAGCUCACUAGAAUGGAUCGAGGGAGAUAAGACAACUGAGCCAGGGAUCGGCAAGGGUAUUGGCACCACCACGUGGGUAGUGGAUAGACAGAACCAUACGCAACUGGUUGCAAUAGGAUGUACUGGUGAACUCCUUCUUGAGGGUCCAUUAGUUGGUCAAGGCUACCACGGCGAUAUGGAGAAGACAACGCAGGCGUUUAUUGAAGACCCGGUGUGGUUACUGAGUGGCGGCCCUGGCGUGCCUGGUCGACGCGGCCGGUUGUAUAAAACCGGCGACUUGGUACGGUAUAAUGUGGAUGGAACGCUCCAGUUCAUUGGACGGAAAGACUCACAGGUCAAGAUUCACGGUCAGCGAGUAGAGCUCGGCGAGGUCGAGUAUCACGUUCAACAAUAUCUAGCCUCGAAGACAGACGACACAUUGUUGGUGGCAGAGAUAAUCACUCCACGGGCCUCUGAUAAUGCAGUUCUUGUCGUGUUUGUCGCCAUAUCUGGAUUAGAAAACGAGAAUUUAGAGACCGCAGUGGCAAACGCAACGCUGGGAGUGAAUGACGAGCUGACAGCCGUGCUGCCGAUGUAUAUGGUUCCAAUCGCGUACAUUCCGAUGGACCAACUCCCAGUCACAGCGACGGGCAAGACCGAUCGGCGGCGACUUCGCGAAAUAGGUUCGUCCUUCUCGCUCAGACAGUUAAUAGCACUGAAUCCGUUACGUGGUGAGCGACGGCCGCCGACGACAAAGACGGAGCAAGUACUGCAGCGACUGUGGGCAUCUGUCAUAGGGAUCGACGUUGACAGUAUCAGCGCGAACGACAGCUUCCUACGUAUUGGCGGAGACUCAAUCGGGGCAAUGCGACUGGUCGGAGCGCUCCGCGAACAGGGCUUUUUCCUGACCGUCGCCGACGUACUUCAGCGCUCUCAGCUCUGCGAGUUGGCGAAAGUACUCGAGGUAGGGAAGGACGUGGCCACAGAGGGUCUGCCUAGUGUUGCACCGUUCUCUUUUACCCAAGCGGAUGAUGUACCUCUAUUCCUUGAACGUCUCGUCAUACCUCAAAUUAAGGUCACUACAAAGAUCAUGGACGUUCUGCCUACGACUGAUUUCCAGAAGCUAUGCAUAUACGAAGCCUUAUGCGAUCCUCCGAGCCGCUGGUUUUAUUUUAUAAUUGAUCUUCCGACAGACGUUGAUUUUCGCAGAUUAGCGUCGGCAUGCUCAUCAGCAGUCAAAUAUUUAGACAUUCUUCGGAUGAUCUUCAUCACUAUACAUGGCUCCUUUUGGCAGGUCCUCGUGGAAGGUAUUGAAAUAGGGUUCGAUCUUUACGAAAACCAUGCACAAUCUCUAGGAUUUACAACUAAAAUGUGCGAGGAAGAUCUGAAAAGAGAGCGCGCACUUGGCCAAAGCUUCAUUCGCUUUUUUGGAGUCAGGGAUUCUAUCGGUGGCAACAAACUUGUAUUCAGAUGUUCGCACGCCCACUUUGAUGGAUUCUGCCUCUCCUCCAUAUUCGACGUCAUCUUUGGGCUAUAUGACGGUACAAAAAUAGUUACUCAGAGUCCUGGAUUCGCUGGCUUUAUUGCUUACACAUCGAACAAGAGAUCAAAAAGCAUUCUGUACUGGCAAUCUGUCAUGUAUGGGUCGUGCGUGUUCAAUUGGAAGCAAACAGACGCUGCAGACUCUACGGACAGCUCACAGGAUAAUUUGCAAAUAACGAUGAAAGUUAAACUUCCAACGAUAGAAGAAAAUGUUAGCACUGCUUCUUUGUUCCACGCUGCGAUUGCCUUGGCACUCUCUGCCAACUAUAAGACGUCUAAUGUUUUAUUUGGGCGUCUUGUUACUGGGCGCGCAAUGUUGCCGUCGGAAUUGCAAGAGGCAAUUGGGCCUUGUCUGGCAGAGCUCCCGGUCCGAGUCAAAAUUCACGCCAGGGAUACUCUUCUAACUGUUGCAGUUCGACUUCAGCGUCAAUUUAUCCAAGACUCUCAUUUUGAGUCUGUUGGAAUGGCGGAUAUUAUUCAGGAAUGCACAGACUGGCCUGCAACGGAGAGCGACUUUGGAUGGAGAACCGCGUUCAUGCCUGAAUUUGGGUCAACAUCGCAAUCAAGCAUCAAAUAUUCUGUUUUCAUCCACGAGAGCACGUUACUUCCGCGAAAAAGACCUGAACUUUAUGCACGCAGAAUUGGAGAAGAUUUAGAAAUUACCUAUGACAGCGAUGGAAGUAUACUUUCGCAGGAAAUGGUCAGAUCUGUACUUGGUACAAUUCAGUCAGUAUUGGAAGGCUGA